AUGUCAGCGGAUUUGCUUCCACCACCAGUAAAAACAUCUCGCACGGCUAAACGCGGACGCUCCCACACGAGCUCAGCCAGACGCGACGUUUCGAACCAUGUGCUACUCGAGGGCGAAACCCCUGGAGCGGGGCCCAGCACUCGAGCAUCUUCUCAUGAGUGGUCAUCUACAAGUGACACAUCCCCGGAUCUAUUCAACUCUCCCUUCGACUUAGAUCCCACUAUCUCCUCGUCUCUCCCUACAAGCCAGGCUCUGGAAGAUUGGUGGAACUUGGAUCCUUCUCUUCCCCUACUCGCCCAGCCGGAUCCUUCGUCAAGCACACUCCAACACCAGCCUUUUCAAUCUUUGGAUACAACAACUUCCUCAGAGUUCUUCGAGUCGUCCGAUUCUCAGAACGAUCAAGCUGCUCGGUCAUUAACUGCUGGCCAAGCAAGCCUAUUCAAUGCCCUUUUUAGUCUUUCUGACCAGACGGCUAACUCUGCUUCCCAUGACCCACCAACUUCGGUCGGCUAUCCUCCAACACACCUCCCAACUUGCCCUCCCCAUCAGCCCACGAUCAAUGUAGGCGUGGUCCUGCCGGACGGAGAUGAUGACGAUGAUAAGGAAGAAGAUGAAACCGUCAAGCAGAUCAUUUGUGGUACCAUGAAGCUGGGUAUAAACGCAGAGGGAAAUACCUUGCCCUUUAUUUUGGAAAGUUAUGCUGCCUGGGUCACCCGAACCGCAUUCGAACCAAAGAAAGCCGCUCUUGGAGCACGCGAUCUCAUUUUCAAGCAAUUCGGUGACUCUGACGAGUCCCGCUGGACGCUUACGACUUUGGCUAAAAUACUCAGAAGUCUAGCAGAGAAGCCAGUUUGGGGCGAGGGCCUCGAGUCCCUACAAACUUUGAGCUAUCAGCCUGCAGUUCGAGCGUUGAGAGAGCAGGUUCGUCAGAGGGUAAAUGAGAUCAUGCUACACGCGGGCUCUAUGGAAAGUCAUGAGCUUUCGAAAGCCCUCAAGACGAUGGAUAAUGUUAUGGAGAUUGCAUCCAUAUAUUAUACUACUACUUCGGUUCCAGAGGCACUAGAUUUUAUGCGUAUGGCUGCACCACUAUUCCGAUUCUUGUGCUCCGACCAUCCAAACAAGAUUAUCCAUCUACAGUCUCUGCUGCUACAACCGGUCCUCAGCCUUCGGCACUAUGCGCUUGUCGACAUAUUUUCAAGCGUGGCUAUGGAGCGAGAGAUGAUCUUUCACUAUGAUACGACCUAUAAUCCAAAUUUAACUCUGCAUAUGGAUCAAUUCCCGAGCGAAGCUGGGAUUCAGUGGCUUCAUGGCAUCCCAGGCGUAAUCAUUAUUACUUUUGCUCGUAUCAACAUGAUGCGCGAACAAGGGUAUGCUGAUCCACAGGCGAUCACAGAAAUGGAGACUAUGCUUCGUCGCUUUGUGGUGACUCCAAGUUUAUCCAACGAUCCAUUCUUGACGGUUGCGCGUGUUAUGGUUCAAGAGUGUUGGAGACAGGCUACUUACAUUUAUCUGUAUAUGGGCGCCUGUCACGUCAAUGCCGACGAUCCAAGGGUCAAAAGGGCGCUUUCUAAACUUAUGAAGUUAUUAGAUGGGACCAAGCCCGGUCGUACACCAGAUGCAUUUUUAAUGCUGCAAUGUAUGAUUGGGGGCAUCGCGGCUCGUAGUCGUUCCGACCGCGAGGUUAUUCGCCAACGAAUGUUGAGUAGCGAAAGGUUCAAAUUCCCAGGAGCACAAGGCAGCGUUGCGGUGAUGCUCUUGGACUACAUUUGGCUCCGAACAGAUGGCGAACGGAGGCCUGCCGUAUGGGGUGACCUGCGAGUUGCUACGAAACAGGCGAGCCAACGGUCCUUGGGCUGGCGUUGA